UCUCUUGUCGGCAGAAGUCAUGAUUGAGUUGUUACAUUUACACGCCGUUGUUACAAACACGCUGAUACAACUCUACUAGCGGAACUGCACAAACGUGGACUGUACCACUUAUAUAUUUGAGCAAAAAGUGCUUAUUCACACAGCGUAAGCGAAGAUAUUUUUACCCCCCCACUCUUCUUCCUCUGGCCUUCAGUGCGUCACCGUUGAGAAGUGUUGCCAAUAUAAAUAUGGAUAUUCUUUAAAAAUCAGUACUGACAACAGUAUGGUGCGGUGUCAUGAAAUUGAAUAGAAAUUUCUAACACGUCCAAGACUGUUCCAAAUUCUCGUUAUUUUUCUCAGUACAAUGUUGCAAAAAACUAAUACUUUAUUAAAAUGCUUGUUGCAAAUGAGGUUAAACAAAGUUCCCACAAGUAGGAGUAUUUAUACAUCACGUAUUAGGAACAGGCCAUUAGUUCCUAUUGUGGUUGAACAAACUGGCCGUGGAGAAAGAGCCUAUGACAUUUAUUCAAGACUGCUUAAAGAACGCAUAAUAUGUGUGAUGGGACCUGUAUCUGAUGAUUUGUCAUCUGUAGUUGUUGCUCAGCUUCUAUUUCUUCAGUCUGAAAGUAGCAAGAAACCAGUACAUAUGUACAUUAACAGCCCAGGAGGAAGUGUAACAGCGGGAUUAGGAAUAUAUGAUACUAUGCAGUACAUCUUACCUCCAAUAGCAACAUGGUGUGUAGGUCAAGCAUGCAGUAUGGCAAGUCUUCUAUUAGCUGCUGGUGCUCCAGGCAUGCGCCAUUCUUUGCCUAAUGCUCGAAUUAUGAUUCAUCAGCCUUCAGGUGGUGUACAGGGACAAGCUACAGAUAUUCAAAUACAAGCAGAAGAAAUUAUUAAGCUGAAAAAACAAAUUAAUGGAUUGUAUGUAAAGCAUACUGGCCUUCCUUUGGAGAGAAUUGAGCAAAGUAUGGAGCGCGACAAAUUCAUGUCUCCUCAAGAUGCAAAGGAAUUUGGUAUUAUUGAUAAAAUAUUAGAUCAUCCCCCCAAGCAUGGGGAAAAUCAACCAGAUCGGGAUGUGUGUACGACACAAAGUCUUCAUGUUAAUUAAACUAAAAUUACAAUUUUAUAAAAUAUGGGACAUUUGUGUUUAUAAGUAAUGAUGUGGUGUGUUGUUGUUAUUGUAUUUUUUGUUUAUCGACAGUGAUUUGUUUCAUAUCAAAAUACAUGUACACAGAAUUUUGUAAGUCAUUUAAGAACAAUGUGGUUUUUUUUUAUUAUCAGGUGGACCUAUUCGUAAAAUCUUGUUUUUGUAAAUAUAUUAAUAUGUUUUUAUUAAUAAAUAUUUUAAAGGUA